AUGGAAGUAUUUGAAAAAUCAACCGCAACUAAGAUCGUCUCAUAUUCUCAGAUAGCUAAAAGUAAAGCAUCACCAAACAAAGAGACGAGAUAUUUAAAAAGCAUAAUCAUUACACCUGAUCAACACCAACCAAACUACAAGACCAGAUAUGAUCUCAACAAAAACUUAGACCUCUCGAAACUUCAGAUAGGUAUCGACAAGGUCAAAAACUGCAGAAAUGGAGCUGUAGAAAUAAACGUUCAAGACUGGGUUCAUACCCAACUUAAACAAGAAAUCUAA